AUGGCGGACGUCGACACUGGCUCUGAGCCAAUUCAUCAACCCGCAACCGACUCCGAGAAGCCUCCCGUGGAUACUACUAUCGAAUCUCCCCCGGCCCUAAGUCCAGAUAAGUCGAAUCUAUCCGAAGCGACAGAAUGGCAAGAAACGACGGGAAAGGGGGAUGAGGAGGUUGAAAAGGAAGAGAAAGAACCUCAACCUGAAGAAGAACAGGAGGAAAAGCCCGAGGUCCCGCCAAAGGAUACAACAGAAGUCGAGACACCCACGCUUGAAGACGGACCACCAGAGAUCCAGGAACACAAACCCAGCGAAGAUAAUGAACGAGACACAAGAAUGCGAUCCGACUCGCGGUCCACCACCGCCACUUUUGCGACGGCACGGGGAGGCGCGGUCAGUUCAGCCGUUUUCAUUGUGACAGCUCUCGAUACCAUUGCUGCCUCGCGGGAAGCUCGAAGAAAUAAAGAGCUGGAUGAUUCCGUCCAAGUCGCUCUAGCCAACAUCAAGUCAGAGCGCAUUGAUCCGGAACUCAUCUUUCGCCCGCUUCACCUGGCAAGCAAGACCCUCAGCGUGCCCCUUCAAGUAACAGCGCUGGAUUGUAUUGGAAAGCUCAUCUCCUACUCCUACUUCGCCUUUCCCUCCGCCGAGUCCGCAAGCGAUGCCAACCCCGAACAACCACCCCUGAUCGAGCGAGCCAUUGAUGCAAUCUGUGAUUGUUUCGAGAACGAAGCCACCCCCAAUGAGAUCCAGCAGCAAAUAAUCAAGUCGUUGCUGGCGGCGGUCUUGAAUGACAAGAUUGUGGUACACGGAGCUGGUCUCCUGAAAGCCGUUCGCCAGAUUUACAACAUCUUCAUAUACUCCAAAUCCAGCCAGAAUCAGCAAAUUGCCCAGGGCUCCCUGACGCAGAUGGUGAGCACGGUGUUUGACCGGGUACGAGUUCGGCUGGACCUGAAGGAGCUUCGAACUCGUGAAGUCGACCGUCUCGAAAAUGGCUUGGAUGCGUCCGCUAGCGAUCAGGGUCAAAUUUCUGAGGCUGCAUCGGUAUCGGUGGACCAGUCGGACCAGCCGGACCAGCCGGACCAACCAGUCACCAAGGAACCGACAGCUGAGAAACUCACUCUGCAGAGUUUCGAGUCGCCCAAGGAAGUGACCGGCGUUAAUGACAACGCACCGACUACAGUUACCCGUGCCAAGGCGGCGCGCUCAACUCGGUCCAUUUCAGGCAUCCCCGAAGACCGCGAGGACGAUAGUUCUGCCGAGGAUGAUGUGGAUGAGGUCUAUGUCAAGGAUGCAUUCCUGGUAUUCCGGGCCCUGUGCAAGCUGAGCCACAAGGUCCUAGGCCAUGAGCAACAGCAGGACCUGAAGUCCCAAAACAUGCGGUCAAAACUCCUUUCCCUGCAUCUUAUCCACUACCUGAUCAACAACCACACCAGCACUUUUACCUCUCCUCUUGCUGCUAUCAAGAACAGCUCGACCAGCUCGGAGGCCAUGACACUCCUUCAGGCAGUGCGGCCUCACCUGUGUUUGAGCUUGAGCCGAAAUGGCUCCAGCUCGGUUCCUCAUGUGUUCAAGGUUUGCUGUGAGCUCUUUUGGUUGAUGCUCACGCACCUGCGAGUCAUGAUGAAGAAGGAGAUCGAGGUUUUCAUGAAGGAAAUAUAUCUGACGAUUCUCGAGAAGCGAGCCGCUCCUUCUUUCCAAAAACAAUAUUUCAUGGAGAUCAUAGAGAGAUUAGGUGGUAAUCCCCGCGCCUUGGUCGAGAUUUAUCUCAACUAUGACUGUGACCGUACUGCUUUGGAAAAUAUUUUCCAAAACCUCAUUGAACAGUUGUCCCGACACGCCAGUGUGCCCGUCGUGACCAGUAUUGCGCAACAGCAACAUUUCCAGGAGAGUCAUACCAAAAUGUCUAGUACUGGAACUGAGUGGCAGCAGCGCGGAACACUCCCUCCAUCUCUCACCACCGCUAAUAUCACCCCUCCACCGCAGCCAGCUGCUCCAAACUUGCCAUCAGAGUAUAUUUUGAAGCAACAGGCCCUUGAGUCCCUGGUAGAAAUCCUCCGGUCUCUUGACAACUGGGGCGCACAACGCCCUGAUGAUCAGCCCGCUCAACAGGAUCCCACCGACUCCUCCAAGUCAAUAGAUCAAGCCCGCGACUCCAUGGAUACUAGUGCACUGAUUUCUCCACGUCCUGAUGCUGUUGAAUUCGCCACUGGCCGCUCCACUCCCGUGCCCGACGAUGAUCCCAACCAGAUUGAAAAGGUCAAACAGCGCAAGAUUGCCCUGAUGAAUGCUAUCCAGCAAUUCAACUUCAAACCUAAGCGUGGUAUCAAGCUGUUCCUCCAAGAAGGAUUCAUUCCAUCGGAUUCUCCUGAAGAUAUUGCAAGCUUCUUACUUCGCAGCGAGCGCCUUGACAAGGCCAUGCUGGGUGAGUACCUCGGCGAGGGUGAUGCUGAAAAUAUUGCCAUCAUGCAUCACUUCGUGGACAAGAUGGAAUUCACUAAGCGUCGUUUUGUCGAGGCUCUGCGGUCGUUCUUGCAGCAUUUCCGUCUUCCUGGAGAGGCGCAGAAGAUUGAUCGUUUUAUGCUUAAAUUUGCGGAACGAUAUACCACUCAAAAUCCUAAUGCAUUUGCUAAUGCCGACACUGCUUAUGUGCUCGCCUACUCGGUCAUCAUGCUUAACACAGACCAGCACAGUGCCAAGAUCAAGGGACCGCGGAUGACCAAAGAAGACUUCAUCAAGAACAAUCGUGGAAUUAACGAUAACCAAGACUUGCCAUCAGAGUACCUGAUCUCUAUCUAUGACGAAAUUGCCAACAAUGAAAUUGUUCUGGACACUGAACGGGAGCAGGCUGCGAAUCUUGGAAUCCAAACCUCUGCUCCGACUGGCCUUGCUACCCGAGCCGGCCAAGUAUUCGCAACCGUUGGUCGUGAUAUCCAGGGAGAAAAGUAUGCACAAGCAUCCGAAGAGAUGGCCAACAAGACCGAGCAACUUUACCGGUCCCUCAUCCGGGCUCAACGCAAGACAGCGGUCCGUGGUGCCCUUUCGCGCUUCACCGUUGCUACUUCGGUUCGACACGCUGGGUCGAUGUUCAAUGUCACUUGGAUGUCCUUUUUGUCCGGGUUGUCAGCACCGAUGCAAGAUACCUCGAACAUAGAGUCCAUUCGGUUAUGCAUGGAGGGACUCAAGCUGUCAAUUCGUAUCAGCUGUGCCUUUGACCUCGAGACUCCUCGGGUAGCUUUCGUCACAGCCCUAGCCAAAUUCACCAACCUCGCUAAUGUGAAGGAAAUGAUGCCAAAGAACUUCGAGGCCCUGAAAGCAAUUCUUGAUAUCGCAACUACCGAAGGGAAUCAUCUUCGUUCUUCCUGGCGCGAUAUCCUCACCUGCGUCAGCCAACUUGAUCGUCUGCAAUUGCUGAGUGAUGGUGUAGAUGAGGGCUCACUGCCCGAUGUCUCUCGAGCACCGUCGACAAUGGAUUCUCCGCGUAAAUCCAUGCAAAGCACUCGCAGCAAGACUCGCACACGCUCUGUCCAUGGCCCCUUGGCUUUCCGCAUGGAUAUUGCCAUUGAGAGCCGGUCUGCCGAUAUGGUCCGUGGUGUAGACCGAAUCUUCACUAACACCGCAAACCUCUCGCACGAGGCUAUCAUCGAUUUUGUCCGUGCAUUGAGUGAGGUCAGCUGGCAAGAGAUUCAGUCCUCAGGGCAGAGUGAUUCUCCCAGAACAUACAGUCUUCAAAAGCUGGUCGAGAUCAGUUACUACAACAUGACUCGAGUCAGGAUUGAAUGGUCGAAGAUUUGGGAGGUCUUGGGUCAACACUUCAACCAGGUUGGCUGCCACGGCAACACUACCGUUGUUUUCUUUGCAUUGGACUCGCUGCGACAGCUGUCGAUGCGUUUCAUGGAAAUCGAGGAACUUCCUGGUUUCAAGUUCCAGAAGGAUUUCCUCAAGCCUUUUGAGCAUGUCAUGGCGAACAGCACCACUGCUUCCGUCAAGGAUAUGAUCCUCCGGUGCCUGAUCCAGAUGAUACAGGCCCGUGGUGAUAAUAUUCGGUCUGGAUGGAAGACUAUGUUUGGAGUCUUCACCGUUGCUGCGCGAGAGCCAUAUGAGAGUAUUGUGAACAUGGCCUUUGACCAUGUUACCCAAAUCUACAAUACUCGUUUCGGUAUUGUGAUUACUCAAGGCGCCUUCGCAGACCUCAUUGUCUGUCUUACUGAGUUUUCUAAGAACUCCAAGUUCCAGAAAAAGUCACUGCAGGCAAUUGAGACGCUGAAAUCCACAGUUACCAAGAUGCUGCGCACUCCAGAGUGUCCGCUCUCCCACCGUGGUGGACCUGCGCCCAACUUCCAGGAGGAGGGAACCAACCUUGCCAAGCAACUUACUCGCCAGUCUCAAGAAGAGCAAUUCUGGUAUCCGAUCUUGAUCGCCUUCCAGGAUGUACUCAUGACUGGCGAUGAUCUUGAAGUCCGAUCCCGCGCACUCACAUACCUGUUUGACACAUUGAUCCGACACGGCGGGGACUUCCCGCGGGCUUUCUGGGAUGUGCUUUGGCGCCAACUGCUUUGCCCAAUCUUUGUGGUCCUGCAGUCCAAAUCCGAAAUGUCCAAGGUCCCCAACCACGAGGAUCUCUCUGUUUGGCUGUCCACCACCAUGAUUCAGGCUUUGCGGAACAUGAUCACCCUCUUCACCCACUACUUUGAUUCGCUUGAAUAUAUGCUGGGUCGAUUUUUGGAGCUUUUGACUCUGUGCAUUUGCCAGGAGAAUGACACGAUCGCGCGCAUUGGUAGUAAUUGCUUGCAGCAGCUGAUUUUGCAAAAUGUCUCCAAGUUCCAACAGGAGCACUGGAAUCAGAUUGUUGGGGCCUUUGUUGAACUUUUCAACAAGACCACCGCGUACGAACUGUUCACAGCGGCGGCUUCCAUGACUAAAAUGACAGAAACUGCCACCAAUGGUGACGUUCAGGCCGCCGAGGCCGCGGCGGGAUUGCCAUACACGGGUGACCUGCCCGAUGCUCUGCAGGCUAAUGGCUCUCAAAGUACUGCCUCACUCCACGACGGAGGUGAUCCACCCGCUCAAAGCGAGGCUCGCGCUGAGCUUGAGGACUACCGGCCCCAGGCAGAUUCGCAGCAACAACCAGCUGCAGUCACAGUGGCACGCCGUCGGUUCUUCAACCGGAUCAUCACAAAUUGUGUUCUCCAGCUUCUGAUGAUCGAGACUGUUCACGAACUCUUUUCCAACGACACUGUCUACGCUCAGAUCCCUAGCCCCGAACUCCUACGAUUGAUGGGUUUGCUCAAGAAGAGCUACCAGUUUGCUAAGAAGUUCAACGAGGACAAGGAACUGCGCAUGCAGCUCUGGCGCCAAGGCUUUAUGAAGCAGCCCCCUAAUCUCCUGAAGCAGGAGAGUGGCAGCGCGGCCACUUACGUGCACAUCCUCUUCCGAAUGUACCAUGAUGAACGCGAUGAGAGGAGGAGCAGUCGCGCGGAGACCGAGGCAGCGCUCAUUCCGCUCUGUGCAGACAUUAUCCGCAGUUUUGUCCGUCUUGAGGAGGAGACCCAGCACCGGAAUAUCUUGGCCUGGCGACCGGUAGUCGUGGAUGUCAUUGAGGGAUACAAUAACUUCCCCCAGGAAGGAUUUGAUAAAAAUAUCCCAAUCUUCUACCCCUUGAGUGUUGAACUUUUGAGCCGCGAUCUCAACCCCGAGAUUCGCAUCGCAUUGCAGGCCCUGUUACGCCGCAUCGGUGAGGUCCGACUAGGUAUUGCUCCGCCCAAUGCAUCGGAUGCGCCGAUCAGCCCGCGCAGUUCCAUCUCCCAGAAGACCUCCCGUCGUGACAGCCGAACUGCCGAAUGA